GUCACUGGCCGGCAGGCAGGGAAAUGCUUUGUUCGUGUGUUCCAUCUGUUCUUAUUUCAAACAUGGCAUGGCAGCUUCCUGAGCCGGUAUGUUUGUCUUUAACCCAUAGCUGAUGCCCACAGGGUACGUAGAUUCGGAGCAUGCAUAACUGUCUGUGAUCGAUUCCCAAGCAGGAUGGAGCUGGGAAACUUUGAAAUAACCUGAUGAAGACUAGUUUUCUACCGCUGUUUCCAUGCGUCCAGUUAGGAUGAUCUGUAAUUCCAGCUUCUCACGUUCAGCGGUAGAGUCUGGAGAGGGACCGGCCACCAGUGCUGUAAUGUUCACUGUUGGCUUUGUGGGCAAUUUCAUAACCUUGGUACUACUGGAAAGGCGCAGGCGAAAAAACAGGAACAACAUUCCUUUAUUUCAGGUACUAGUGACUGGGCUUGUUAUCACCGAUCUGAUGGGUUCCUGUCUGAUAAACCCUAUGAUCCUAACGUCCUAUGCCACAAAUAAGACACUUAUGAGCAUGGGUGAAAACCAUAUGGUAUGCCACACGUUUGCUUUUUUGAUGGCAUUCUUUGGUUUGGUCACAAUGUUCAUUCUUUUUGCCAUGGCACUGGAGCGUUGCCUUGCCAUAGGGUUACCUUACUUUUAUAAAAGGCACAUUACAAAGAGACGUGGAAGUGUAACCUUACCUGUGGUUUAUUCCUUUUCCAUAAUAUUUUGUUCACUUCCAUUCAUGGGCAUUGGUAAAUACGUACAGUAUUACCCUGGGACCUGGUGCUUUAUCAGAAUGAAAUACGGCCACGGAAAAGGUGACCCAGAUCAUGGUGUCGCAUUUGCUCUCCUAUACGCAAGUUUAAUAGUAUUUAUUAUAAUUUCUAUUCUAAUAUGUAACUCAGUUGUGAUGGUGCACUUAAUACGAAUGCAUCAGAGGCAGAAGCUGCACAGGAUUUUAAACAGAGGACUACGAGUAAGUGUGCAUAUCUCCGUGGCAGAAGAAGUGGAUCAUCUAAUUUUGUUAAUGCUAAUGACGAUUACUUUCGUAAUUUGCUCUGCACCUUUCACAGUUCGGGCAUAUAAAGAAAUAUUUGCUCCUGAUGAAAACUGCAAAGCAGACUUAGAGGCACUCAGAUUUUUUGCCUUUAAUUCAAUUGUAGACCCAUGGGUCUUUACAAUUCUACGACCAUCUGUUCUAAGAGUCAUACGUCUUAUCUUAUGUUGUCAAAUUUCACUAAAAAGCAAAACUUCACAGACAGGCAUGCAUACUUCUAAUAAUGAGAAAACAACAGUAUUGACUAACUUAUGAAAGAUCCUUUGACUUCUUCAUAAAGAAAAUCCGGGAAGCUCUCAAUAAAUCAUUAUUUGUAAUACUUGAACAGGAAUGCGUCUUCUUACCAUCAAGCAGCAACAAGGAUCACAAUAUUGUUACACUGCAGCAUCUUUCCAAGGACCUACAUAUGUUUUUUUUUUUUUUUUUUUUAAUUAUUGCAGGAUAUAUUUUUUUGAAAAUAAUGAUUUGUUUUCAUAUUAAGAACCUGGCUUUGUAUUGCUUUAAAGGCAAACUAUAUGCUUUAUUUAAUAUGUUAAAUGUCAAGUCAAAAUAUAUUUGAUUUUAUAAAGAUGAAUAAUCUAAUUAUUUUUUUAAUGAGAGGCUUUUGUUGGUUAUGUCUGGAACCACAAACAUAUAUACUUUUACAUUUACUACUAAACCAAGGUUACAUGCAGAAACUGGUUGAUUUUUAUUUAUUAUCAUGGAAAAAAAAUGGUAGCAAUAAUUGAAAGUGAGUAACAUAAAUGUUUUCAAGGGAACUGCUAAGCAGUUGAUUAAUCUGCCAUGAUCUCCGUGGUACAGAAAUCAUACUUUUAUAGGCACUUACAUUUUUUAAUCUGGAUAAAGAAAAGUAGAAUUUUAUCUUUCACAUUACCUCUCUGUUGCAGCCACAAAUACAACAGUUGUAGCCAGACUUAUGUUCUUGUCUUUUUGAUGCAGCACAGGCUCCUAUCCACACAGAACCAACAAUCUUGCACAUUUUUAAACCUAUACAAAUCUUAGACCCUUGUAUUUAACAAAGAUGAAGUUGUAAUAAUAACACCACGUCACAGAUGAAAAUGCAAAUUCAUCUUAUUUAAGGUAAUGCUUAGUUUAUUUUUAAGCCUAAAGUUCUUCAUCAUCUAAUGGUUCUAUGCCCUGCUUAUCCUAUUGCAGACUUUUUUUACCUCACAAUUUCUAGAGAGAGUCUUACAGUGUGCGCAGUAAUAAGAUUGUCAGAUAUUUUGGAAGUAUCUGAUACAGUGAAAUAGUCAUAGUGGGAAAAGUGAGACAAAAGGUGGAUGGAGCUCUUACUGUGCUGGAUAGAAGUAUAAGGAACAGAUCAAUUAUGUAUUUAUUUAGUUAUGUAUUUAGUUAUUGACAUUUGUUUACCGGGAAAGUCUGAUGGGCUAGUAAAUGCCCAUUUUCGGUGAAGGUCCAGUGAGAAAACCUCCAGAGAGUUAGAUAACAUCAAAUAAAAUAGUAGUAUAGAUGUAAAAAAAAAAACAACAUAUACGUACAAUUUGACAGUGGAACACACAGGAUACAAUAAAGCAUGAGGAGACAACAGUGCUGCAGUAAUAAAAAAAAAUGACAAAUAUGACAAUCCGUAUAAACAAAAGUGUUAGAAGUAUAGUCUAUUAUAUUAAAAAAUAUCAACAAAAGAUUCAAGUUCCCCCCUAAGAAUGGGGAGAGGGCAGGUGUUGAAAGGUAAAGAUAGGCAGAAUGAUCUUCUUCUGGCUUUUCCCGGUUAGGGGUCACCACAGCGGAUCAACUGUCCGCUCAUGAA